AUGCAUCCCGAUAGCUAUUACCUCCCAGGGGCGUCGAUAUCUAGCUUUUGCCAUUCCAAAAAACCUCGCAAAGAGUCCGAGCGGGCCGGACAAUUCGGGGCACCUGGCACAGAUUGUGAUACACCAAUUUCAUUAGUUGAUUCAACUCUGGCGUGGGUGGAAAAGGAGUGGGCGGAUCGGAUCGAUUUCGUCAUAUGGACUGGUGAUAAUGCUAGACACGACACCGAUAGUUCGAUUCCGCGAACGCCAGCGGAAAUUCGAGACAUGAAUAGGGAAAUUGCCCACAAGAUGGAUAAAAUAUUCACUCCACGGGGCGUCACGGUUGUGCCAAGCAUAGGGAACAAUGACAUUUGGCCACAUGUAAGUUCGGCCAAAUCCAAUAUUAUGUACGAGGGCCCAAAUACUGUUACCAAUGACUUUUUGGAGUCCUGGAGAAGUUUUGUCCCUUUCCCUUCGUAUCAAGUUUUCCAACGAGGAGUGUAUUUCUCUGUAGAGUUGGUCCCAAAUCAGCUUGCAGCUAUCAGCCUCAAUACUUUGUAUUGGUUUGAUAGUAAUAAAGCUGUCGAUGGCUGCCCCAAGAAAGGCAAUGAUCCUGGCACUUUAGAGUUUGAUUGGCUCGAGGUCCAGCUGAAGAUCUACCGUUCUCGCAAGAUGCAGGCAAGUCCUCACGACCAUCACGCCGCAGCUCGGGUAUGGCUGACCGGGCAUGUCGCUCCUACCGAAGGAGACUACUUCCCUCGUUGCUUUGCCCGAUACGGGGAGAUUGCUUUGAGAUACCAAGACACUAUCUUGGGGCAUCUAUUUGGGCACAAGAAUCUGGAUCAUUUUGUUAUACAUAGCAUCGACGAUGUCCUAGCUCCGACGCCCUCAAUGCGUAUUACUGGCCGGAAAAAGGAGUCGCUAAUCGCCGAUAAGCUGCAUGCCGAAUUCAAGGAGCUCUCCAAACAGAAGAAAGUCGACUAUGAUGAUUAUUUUAUUGUUAAUAUUGGUCCGUCGGUUAUACCUGAAUACACCCCUAGCGUACGGGUCUUUACAUACAAUAUUACUGGGGCUGAGUUAAACGGGUCUUCCCCAAUCACAAAUGUUGAUGAACUACUAGACUCGGAAGAGGUGAAUGCGUCGAAGAUUGAUUGUAGAAAGAAAGAGAACAAGGACAAGAAAAAGUGUGUGUUCAAAAAACCUAGACAUGCAAGUAAACGGAGCCCGAGCCGGAGGAAUAGCCUCUGGAGUCCGACAGGCUAUGCACAGUUCUAUAUCCCCGAAUCCAAUUGGGCCAACAAGACCCACCCACCUCAGUACGAACUUGAAUACGUCACUUACUCUCUCUCCACACUGCGUAACGCCAACGUGUCCCUUAUUCCUGAUCAUUUACUUCCGCCAGAGCUACGUGGAGGGUCCAUCGAAUCGCUAACCAAAUCCAAGUAUGCGCCAUUUGGCCUACGCGACUUGACAAUUCCGAGCUGGAUCAAAUUUGCACGAAAGCUGGGAGAGAGAAAGAAGUUGUGGAAAAGAUUCAGGGAUGUUAUGUUCCUAGAGACAUAA